UAUUGAUAACAUCCUUGAUUCUUUCUCAUCACUUCGAUGUAAAACGAGACUGAUAGAUGACAGAAGCAAUGCUUUCAUCGCCAAGGCUCGAACUCAUACAUCGAAGUCCUACACCCCAAAGCUUGGUCAUAGUAGUUCCGGGUGUUGAUACUGCAUUACCACAAAAAUGGAGCCAUCCUCGUCCAAAUUGGCUAAAACAUUUUUCACCUCGGUCUCUACCAGCACCUGCGAUAUACUCGUUCACACACAACGUAGACUCUGAAGAGCGACGAACAUGGAAGAACAUGGUUGAUGAAGGAGGCAUUCUACUUGAAGCUGUGAUGCAGCUCAAAGACAACAACGCUGAAGUUAGUCGUUUUUACGAUGACGAAUACAUCUCACGUAAAUACCUUGUCAUCGACCGUCGUUAACGUAAACAGUUGCGAUCAUGUGCAGUAGUUUUCAUUGCUCACAGUAUCGGAGGGUUGAUUUUGAAAGAAGCUUUGUGCGCAGCUUUUUCUGACACCGCUCGGCUUCAACCGUUUUGUGAUUCUGUUGCUAGUGUUAUACU